AUGGAUGAAGACGACACGCAGGGCCGACUUGCCUCGAGCGUCUCAAACAUCCCACGCCCGAAGUUCUCAUACGCCCAGCCGGAAAGCCUGAAAGAUAUUACGCAUGCUGUGAAUAAUGCGGGAGGCCGGGCAACGGCUGCUUCGGGCGCCGGCAGUGAUAAAAAAAGGAAAACGCUGAGCGAACGCGCAGGGGAGCCGAGGAAAAAAGAAAAUUUAGGGACCAGGUCCUUUACUGGAUCUACGAAAACCGCACUGCCCAAGAGCCUGGGUGUAUCCAAGACGAGUGCCUCCCGCGCACCCACAAACAGCUCGAGACUCAAGCCUCCGCCAGGCACACGGAACAUCCCUCGUCCGCAGACGUCGAUAGGUCAUCUCACCUCGGAGAAAGGAUCAAUCCCGCGACCCGCAACUUCUAUGGAUGGCCGGGAUGCUGGCUCAAGCCGAAAUGGUGCGCGUCAGCCCUCAUCCAUCAAGUCAUCUACCCCUUCAGCUCAUCCCUCCCCUUCACUGAAACCCAAACUCCCUGAUAUAUCUAUUUCAUCCAAGAGCUAUGGUUCCCAAGUUGAUUGUGUUUCCAAUCAAUUGAGAUCAUCGCCAGUUCUGCAUCCCUCUCGCAACCCAUCACUAUGCACCGCUAUGCAGUUACUAUCCCUUAGCCACAAGCGUUCCAUCGACACUAUGAAGCCGAGAACACAACUCCAGCUCACUACACCAUCCAAAAUUCCUACGCCAAUCCGCCCCCUGCUGUCAUCAUAUACUCAUUCCUCCCUUCCCCCUUCCCCUUUUAUACUAAAAAAGACUCGCAAGCAACGCUCCCCUAGAAGAGCGAAACGUUUUCUAACUAUAGACACUGAAGUCCAAGCUUGGGAUCAAGAUGAAAAGGAGCAAAGAAUUUCAGAUAACAUGACCCACGUCCGAAAAAUGGUCGAAGAGAUGGUCAAGCAAACCGCUGCCAUGACAGAAACCACCGACCUAUACAAAUCACGCACCCAGAUGCUAGAGGAGAAUCAAACAAAGCUCUUACACCAAAAUGCGGACCUACGUGUGGAACUCGAGACUACGAAAAAUUCAUUAGCGAAUGCUGAAUCAAGGUUAAAAGAGCUGUCGCGUGAGCAAGAAAUCGCCCUUAGUGAGCUUGCAACCCAGCACCGAAACCAGUCCGAGGUUAUACGGCAGGAUGCCCAGGCGGAGGUUGUCGCACUCAGGCAACAGCAUAGAGCAGAGCUUGCCGAGACAAGACGCAGAUUCGAAGCCGAAAUAGCUAUAGAGCGGCAACUGAGAGCACAGGAACUCGAACAACUCGCUGCUCAGUCGUUCCUGGAAAAACAGCGCGACAAGCUUGAUCUAAGCAACAAAGACCGAGAAAUACAGGACCUACUAGCUCAGCGGCAGAGGUUGCAUGAUGAUCUUGAACGGGAGCAUGCACUUAACAAGGAAUUACAACAAAAUUCUAUUGUAAAUUCUAACAACACUGCUACCCUGGAGUCGUCCAUCCGCGCACUAAAAGCAAAAAUCGAGUUUCUAGAAUCCGGGAGUAAGGAGCAAUCGGAUGCAUUUGCAAAGCUGGAUAAAGAACUUCGUGAGGCACUAGAGGAGACUACUGCCACAAAGGCACAGCUACGCAAGGAGGAAACUCUUCGAAGGAGACUGCAUAAUCAAAUUCAGGAACUAAAAGGAAAUAUCAGGGUAUUUUGUCGAGUCCGGCCAGUGCUCUCCAACGAUUCGAGUGAAAACAUUGCCAAGAUAUCUUUUCCUGAUGAAGAUCUCGAUUGCAGAGAGAUCAUGGUUCAAGGGCCGGAAGAAAAAUCAAGUCUAGGCCUAGUAAGUGCCAAGAAUCAUUUCUUUGCGUACGAUCAUGUCUUUGGACCAAGAUCACAGAAUGCAGAGGUGUUUGAGGAAAUCAGCCAACUUGUUCAAAGCGCCUUGGAUGGUUAUAAUGUGUGCAUAUUCUGUUAUGGUCAAACAGGAAGCGGUAAAACGCACACAAUGUCCUCGGAAGAUGGUAUGAUACCCCGUGCGGUUCGCCAGAUUUACGACACUGCCAGUGGCCUCGAAGACAAGGGCUGGACGUACACAAUGGAGGGAAGCUUUGUGGAAGUAUAUAACGAAAAUAUCAAUGAUCUUCUGGGGAGGGCUGAAGAAUUUGAUAAGAAGAAACACGAAAUUAGGCAUGAUCUCCAAAAAUGCCAGACCACCGUUACCAAUGUCAACACAGUCUGCCUUGACUCGCCUGAGAAAGUGGAAUCUAUCCUUCAGAGAGCCUGGGCAAACCGGUCUGUUGCUGCCACCAAAGCUAAUGAGCGCUCGUCUCGCUCUCACUCCGUCUUCAUCCUCCGGCUUGUGGGUGACAACUCGAUAACGGGAGAGCACAGUGAAGGAACUCUAAACCUGGUCGAUCUUGCGGGAAGUGAACGUCUUAGCCACAGUGGCAGUACCGGAGAGAGACUCAAGGAGACCCAGAAUAUUAAUAAAAGCCUCAGUUGUCUUGGAGACGUCAUCAGUGCUUUGGGACAGGGCAAGGAGGGCACUCAUAUUCCGUAUAGAAAUAGCAAGCUCACCUACCUUCUCCAAUUCUCCCUGGGAGGCAACUCCAAAACACUCAUGUUUGUCAUGGUGAGUCCGCAGCAGGAUCACCUCAGUGAGACUCUGACUAGCUUGAAGUUUGCUGCAAAGGUCCAAAAUACCCACGUAGGCACGGCAAAGCGACAAACGCGUAUGCGUGAUUCAUGA